AUGUAUGCCGAGUGGCUGACGCUGGCCGACGAGCAGGUGGAAGUGGUGAAAUCGGUGAGUCCUGGCGACGAUGCGACCAAGCGUGAUAACGACUCCGACCAGGUCGCGCUGGAAUCCGUCGAUCAGGAUCUGCAAGGAUCGGCCCCGGUGCAGUCCUAUCCCCAGCAUCUGCCGCCGCCACACGGUGGGCACGGGCCACCGCACGGCAAGCAUGGACCGGGACCGCAGCACGGCCCAGGGCCGCACCAUGGACCGCUGAUGUCCCAUGGACCAAACCGUGGUUCGCUCGGACUCGGCCAACCGUUUGGGCCCCCGCCGCCCCCGCCGCCACCGCAGCAGGGCCCGCACGGCUACCCGGUGGCGCACGCGUACCACGGGCCGCCGCCCCCGCCGCCACCCCAACCAUCGGCCGGCCACCUGAAGGCGGCGGCCAGCGAGCUGAUCGCGGAGAAGCUGUACGGCCCGCCGCCCCCGCCGCUGGCGCCGCCGAGCGGGAACGAGCUGUGGUCGUCGCCGCUGCAGGACAUGCCGAAGAUCGUGUCGCUGGACGUGAAGUGCGAGAAGCAGGGCAUGAAGGUGUUCGUCCAGUUCGACAAGCCGUUCUUCGGCAUCGUCUUCUCCAAGGGCCACUACAGCAACGUGAACUGCGUGCACCUGCCGGCCGGGCUCGGCAAGACGUCCGCCUCGUUCGACAUCGGCAUCCACGAGUGCGGCACGGCCGGCAACACCGACAACGUGCUGUACAACGGCUACUCCGGCACCGACACCAACGCCGGCUCGUACUUCGAGAACAUCAUCGUGCUGCAGUACGACCCGCAGGUGCAGGAGGUGUGGGACCAGGCGCGCAAGCUGCGCUGCACCUGGCACGACCAGUACGAGAAGUCGGUCACGUUCCGGCCGUUCCCGGUGGACAUGCUGGACGUGAUCCGGGCGGACUUCGCCGGCGACAACGUCGGCUGCUGGAUGCAGAUCCAGGUCGGCAAGGGCCCGUGGGCGUCGGAGGUGUCCGGGCUGGUGAAGAUCGGCCAGACGAUGACGAUGGUGCUGGCGAUCAAGGACGACGACGGCAAGUUCGACAUGCUGGUGCGCAACUGCAUGGCGCACGACGGCAAGCGCGCCCCCAUCCAGCUGGUCGACCAGCGGGGCUGCGUCACCCGCCCCAAGCUGAUGUCGCGCUUCACCAAGAUCAAGAACUUCGGCGCCAGCGCCUCCGUCCUCUCGUACGCCCACUUCCAGGCCUUCAAGUUCCCCGACUCGAUGGAGGUGCACUUCCAGUGCACGAUCCAGAUCUGCCGCUAUCAGUGCCCGGAGCAGUGCACCGACCCGGGCGUCCUCGACGUGCACCACCUGUCCGGCGGGCCCGAGCACCAGCAGUACGGGCCGCCACCGCCGCCACCCCCGUCCGCCUCCGCCGGCUCCCAGUCGCAGGCGGCCGGGCCACCCACCCAGUCGCUCGAUGCGCACGUCUUCGCCUCCAACCGGAAGCGGGACGACCGGCGGAUCCGACGCACCCGUGCCGCCCCCGCCGACCAGAAGGAGGACGUCGGUCUGAACCGCGUCAUCCGCGUCGUGUCACCGGGCGACCUCACCUUCCCCAUCGGCCCGGGCGGCGCCGCCCACAACGACUCGGACGGUGCGGCCACGAUGGUGUUUUCGGCGCGCGACGAAGGCCUCAUCUGCAUGACGACGCCCGGCUUCACCGUCACCAUCGUCGUCCUUCUCUCGAUACUGCUCGCCUCCUGCGUCACCUCCGCCUUCCUGUGCGUGCGCCUCAAGCCGUUCGCGCUCGGUGGCCCGCACGCCGCCAAGGAGCGCUCGGUGGCGUUCACCAACCCGCACCUCACGCCCGCCACCGCCAGCGGUACGCUCAAGUCCACCAAGUCCACCGUCACCAGUGCCAGCUCCAACGCCACCGCCACCACCACCGCCACCGCCACCAAAGCGCGCCUCUUCUACACCUAA